AGAAGGAGCAACCAUUCGCAAGCCAUCUCCAUCGCACGUACGGCCGCCCCCCUUCGCCAGAGUCAGAGCAGCACAGUGCUCAGUGGCCACCACCAGUGACAGUGGCAGUUCUGCAGCGCAGACCAACUUCCCCGUCGUCGUCGUCGUCGUGAUUUCCACUGGAUCCACAGGAUUAGCCCUGCUGCUGUGCGUGUUCCGGGGUUGGGAGGUACCACCGAGUGGUUCUCGUUGUUUUUUUUGAAUCUACGGGAAAAGGUUGAUUGUUCCGGUUGAUUAGCGCGAGAGAGCAAGUGCCAUGUGAUUUUGAUGUGAUAAUUGCAUGCACCCAAUUGCUGACUAGAGCCAGGAAGGAAGGAAGAAAAAAGUUCGAGUUGAACAGCAUAAAAAAGUGAACGAGACUAGCGUAGUGCUGCUUGGUGGAGUCGAGCACCAAGAGAAGGAAGAAGAAGUGGAGCAAACUCCCCAAAAUUUGCGAAAAAAAAAGAAAGAGGUGCACCAGCUGCGGUAAGACAUUGCGUCUCGGACAACCUGGCAUGUGACGGCGGCUGUGCGGACUUGAGAGGAUCCAGGAUCAAAGGAAGAGAAUGUGUCACAGUGAUUGAACUGAAUUGAGAAGAAGGUCAAGCCCGUUGAACAGUGGUUGGGUUCUGUGUGGAGGGGUUAUUCUCGGGGGGCAGUUUUGUGGACAUCUGGAAAAGUGUGUGUUGUGUGUGUGAGUGCAGAAGAAGACUCCGAGGAAAAGGACAAUAGUGCGGAGGAAUCGAAACGGCGAUCGUUCCGCGGGAACCGAGUGGAACGACAAGUGGUGAUGGAUCCGUCGGUCGCUUGGUUUCAGGAAGAGCAGGAAGGACCGGCCAAGCGCGUGUGGAUGGGCAUUUGGGAAACGAUGGCCGAGUUGGACCCCCCGUUGACGAUUCCGGUGGAGAACCAGAAGCCCCAGCGGGCCGGCUCAGACAAACCGAACCGCGGCGUGGGCGAAAACCGGCUAAUCAAUGCCGCCGGAGGUGGUGGCAACGGCGGUGACGACUCGCACCACCAUCCAGCACAUCUGAAUCAUCACCACCAUCACAGCAACGCGUUGACGGAAAACAAUAACAACAACAACAACAGCAGCAACAACAACAACGGUGGUGGCACCGGAAACGGCAACAACACACCGACAACGGGAGGCGGCGGCGGCACCAUUCUAGUCAACAACAACGAGAAAAACUACAAUCCGACGCGGAAGAAAGCUGGCAGCACCGGCGACAACAAGGCCAGCACUUUCAACAUGAACAAGCAGCACCACCGGCUGAUCGGUGCCCACGGGGGUUGUCCGUGGCGUCCGCCGGGCUACAAGUACAAGCGGGGGAUUGUUGGACUUCACGAGGAGAUUGAGCAAUUUUACGCCCACAUGAUACCGACGGGGACGGAGCACACCCUGCGGGUACAGGUGGUGGCCCGGAUAGAGGCCAUCGUGCUGAAUCUCUGGCCGAUGGCCCGGGUGGAGAUGUUCGGUUCGUUCCGGACCGGACUGUACCUGCCAACGAGUGAUAUCGAUCUGGUCGUGAUUGGACGGUGGGAGAAGCUUCCGCUGCGGACGCUCGAGAACGAACUGAUCAGCCGCGGCAUCGCGGAACCGAUGUCGGUGCGCGUCCUGGACAAGGCAUCGGUGCCGAUCGUGAAGCUGACGGACCGCGAGACCCAGGUCAAGGUGGACAUUUCCUUCAACAUGCAGUCCGGGGUGCAGUCGGCCGAGCUGAUCAAGGACUUUAAGCGCCAGUACCCGGUGCUGGCCAAGCUGGUGCUGGUGCUGAAGCAGUUCCUGCUGCAGCGUGACCUGAACGAGGUGUUCACCGGUGGCAUUUCGUCGUACUCGCUGAUCCUGAUGUGCAUCAGCUUUCUGCAGCUGCACCCGCGGGCCAACCAGAGCCAGACGACCAACCUGGGCGUGCUGCUGCUCGAGUUUCUCGAACUGUACGGACGAAAGUUCAACUACAUGAAGACUGGAAUUAGUGUUAAAAAUGGUGGCCGAUACAUACCCAAAGAAGAGCUGCAGCGCGAGAUGAUCGACGGUCAUCGGCCGAGCUUGCUCUGCAUCGAGGAUCCACUGACGCCCGGCAACGACAUUGGUCGAUCAUCCUAUGGUGCCCUCCAGGUGAAGCAGGCCUUCGAGUACGCGUACAUUGUGCUGAUGCAGGCCGUCUCGCUCAACAAAUACUUCAACGACUGCACCCGCCAGAGCAUCCUCGGUCGGAUAAUCCGCGUCACGGACGAGGUCAUCGACUACCGGACGUGGAUCAAGGAAACCUUCGAGUCAAGACUGAUUGCGGCCCAGGCCAUCGUUCCGACGAUACUGAACGACCCGCUCAACCCGCACCUCUCACUACACAUUCAGCAGCAGCAGCAGCACCUCCACCACCACCACCAACAGCACCAGCAUCAGCACGUGCAGCAACAACAGCAGCAGCAACAGUACAGCUCGCGGCGGAACAGCUACAGCGUAGACACGUCCGAAGAUAGUAUAGACAGCGACGGGGACUCGAACUCGGCCUCGCGGGACAUUUCGCCGACGAGUAUGAACCGGUCACCGGAGUUGCAUCACCAGCAGCAGAACGGCGGAACUAUUGUGCUGACGACGCAUAUUCCGACCCACCAGCACGCGGAGGUGUUGAUCGAGGACUUUGCGUUGGUGCAGCAACAGCAACAACAGCAGCAGCAGCAACAGCAACAACUACUGGACGGAAUCAACGAGAACCAGAUGAUUAGCUAUAAUAUGAACAACCGACGGAGCGCCUCUUCCCCGCAUCAGAUCGUAGGCCAGGGCGGCAAGGCAGCGCUGAUGAAUAUCUACACGCCUCGCGCCAGCUCGGAGCGGAUGUCGCACGGCGAUCGCGGCAACAACAACAACAACCAGUCCAGCAACAUCCGUCAGCACAGUAAACACCCCCGCCGGUCGGUGAUGAACAACCUGGGCCAUUACAUCAUCAACCCGCAGAGCGCGAUGCAGCAGAUGAACAGUGCCAACAACGCCAAGCAGCAGCAGCAGGACGUGCAAGACCAGCAACACGGCAGCAGUAACAAUAACAACACGGUGGUGGUGAUCAAGGACGGUCCGGGUGGUCCGGAGCGGAAGCAGAGCCAACCGCUGUACAGCAUGAGCCAGAAAAAGUCCCAGUCGCAGAUUCUGGUGACGACGGUGUCGGCGGCGGUCGCUUCGACGGUGGCCGCCAACAACGCCGCCAACUCGUCCUCGUCGUCCAAGCGCAAGAAGACCAUCUCGCCGACGGACAAAAAGGGCGGCCCGAUCGGUGGUGGGGGCAGCAACAGCGGCAGCGGCAUGGACAGCCGAUGAUGACUGCACGCGAGGCACCAGCACUGUGCGCGGUACGUGCACUAUUGCUUCUAAAGUCACACACACACGUUCUCUCAUUCAGUGUGUGUGUGUGUGCGUCGUUUUCUUUGUAAAUAUUUGUCCCGGUUGAACCGCGCGCACUCUACAUUUAAGACGGAAAAGUUACUAGAACAUUGGCUAGUACAUGCAGAAAAGAGAGAGAAAGAGAGAGUUAUAGUGAUUUAAAACUAUAUACAUUAUAUAGGCUUAAACUAAGCAUGUGUGUGUGUGAAGGCGCCCACGAAAGAAGGUAGAAGUAUUAGGUAAGGCUUUCUUCACCAUUUUUGCGCUGUUUCGUUUCCGCAAAAGCCACCACCGUCGUCGUCGCAGACGGCGCCGCCGCCGUCAUCUUCACACCCCCACCCAGAAAUUGCGCGCCGCACGCACGCACUCGCAUGUCCGGGAAUUGAGUUUUUUUUUCGGAAAUCGUUGGAUCAUUUGACAAAACAAAAAAAAACGCCGCGAUUGUUAAGUGUGCGUGUGAUUAAACUUUUCGUCGUCUUGAUUUUAAUUGAGUAUAGAAAAAAACAAACAAAAAAAAAACAAACAAAAAACAACAAACUAAAUCACUGAUAGAGUAGUAGCAGCAGCUGUAGUCACAAGAAGAAGAAACAAAAACACGUCGUGUAGCCAAUUAUUAAGAGGGACGAGAGAAAACAAAAGGGAAAGUGUUGGUUUUUUUGCGAGCUCCCAAUAACGUAAGGCAAUAAUUAUGAUCAUGGAAGAAGGAGAAGAGGAAGUCAAACGCAGAGCGAGAGAACGUUUGAAAAUCAGGAAGAAGCAGCAGCAAGCGUCGACCCCAGGGCGGAUCCCCCCCAACAAGAGAAGGUCUAAAGUUCCGGUUUAUGUAAGUACUUUUUCACAAUAUUUAACUUUUGUUUCACCUGGUUUUAUACACGCUCGAUUGAGCUGGUCUGGUUUUAUAUGUGCGAUGGGCGGUGUCUUUUGGCGGGGGAUAAAUAGAUUUUCCCUUACCCCAUUAAAAAAUGGGAGCAUUCAAAAUUUCCGUCUUCUUAAUUACUUUUUAAUUUCCAAUGAUUUCUUAUAUGUUUUAGGGACUAUUAAAGAGUAUCUCUUGCGAAAUAAAGCAACACAUUUUUGGAAAAAACGCGAAAAAAAAUUGCCAAAACCAUUAAAAAUUGCUUUACAUUUUUUUUUGAGUAAAUGUAUUUUUGCGAAAAAUGUUUAUUUUUUUUUUAAAUAAAAAAACUCUAAGAGGGGGCCUGCAAAAAAUUUCGAUGAUCUGAAAAAAAAUUCUGCAAUUUCUUUCUUGACUAUGUUGAUCAGACUGCUGGUUGAUGUAUCACAACCCCUUUAAGUUUAAAUUUUGUGAAAAAAUGAGUUUUUCUCAGUGUCAUCUAAUUAGUCCUUUUUUCAACUCGAGAUAUCUCGGAAACUAAUGUUUAAAGGUGAAAUUUCUGUGAAAUGUUCUGCUCUGUUCAACAAAAAUAAUUUCAAAAUAUUGCACUUUGGAAUGGUAAAAAGAUGUCAAAGAUCUGGCAACCCUAGCAAAUUUUAUCAAUAUUUAACUUUUUUUUAUAAUUUGUCAUAUUCGUAAUCUUUAAUUAUGAUGAAAACAUCUUCUAAACUAGUCUUACUGUGCAUAUUUGGCACUACUUAAAAAACCAUUUUCGAUUUAAAUAGAUUGCAAUAUAAAUAUCGAUGUUCUUUCUCUCUAGAAUCUAGAGAAAAAAAAUAUCUUAAGGAGGUAUUAGACUAUGACAAAACAAUGCUAGCAAGCGUUUUUCAUAGUCUAAUACCUCCUUUUUUGGGGCGUCGAUUGGUAAGCAAAAAACUAAUGCUGAAUAUAAGGGUGGAUUUUCAUAACUCCAGAAUUCAUGUUCUUGAAUUCUUGUUACCGGUUCAACUUUAACAUAAAUUAUUUUUCAGUCAUUUUCCGUUUAUUUUUGAUGAAGCAACUCGGAAAAAUGCUUGCUUACUUGAAACAAAGUGAUUCACAUACUUUUUUCAUAAAUUCGUAAUGAAAUCUUUGAAAAAUUUGAUGUUGAAAAUUCGAAGUGAGCGGGACAAAAAUUGAAUUCUUGUUCGACAAUAAAUCAAUUCUUGUCGUACAAGAAUUCAAUUCUUGUCGAGCAAGAAUCAGUUUAUAGCAAACAAAAAUUCGUGCUAUAAAUCGAUUUGACAGAUGUUUGUGUACAUUUUGUCAUUUGAUUCGUUUUGUUUCAAAAUAUUGUGGAUGCCUAAUUACGGCGUCCCUUCCUGGCCAGUUCUGGUCCACAGACAAAGUAAGUUCCUUUCACUUCGCGUCGGAUGGCAGAAUUACAACGAUCCUGAUCCGGAAAAGUUUUUUCAUCUGGCCGCCAUCCAGGACAUAUGCCUAUGCGCCAGCUCGAGACGCCGCAUGAUGUUCCUGUAGAAAUUAAUCUGCGCCCCAAUAAGGUCGUGUUCUUCAGGAACGUGUUCCGUUCGGCCCCAUCUCCCCCAGCAUCGCGUAGGACAUCACUUCCAUACGGCGAUUCACCCGGCUGUUUUCCAUCUUUUGUUCGACGGUCAGUUUUUGGCGAUCUUUCCUUUUUUGGACGCCGUUUCAGUACUCGUGAAGAGCGUCCGGAUAGUCGACGAAGGCCGCGGUAGAUGCGGAGUGCUUGGGCUGGUCGACCAAGAAUUGGGUCGUUUGUCGAUUCCGAGGGGUCAAGCGAGUUCGAAGCUUCCAUCGGGUUUGAAAUUUUUUCGUCUUUUUGGUCCAGAUCAGUGGUUUGACUCCGCCGGCCAUUUGGGAAACAAACUGGGUGGAAGUGACGAUUUGAGGUUCGACUCGGAAGGUGAGCAGAGUUUUGUCCGGUGGAAAGAUUGUCGCGCGGAAGGACGGUUACACGAGGAUGGUCUCCCCGAUUAUUUCGACAUCGGAUGGCAGAGUUUCAUCUGUCUUGACCACCGGAAUAAAGUUUUUUGUUUUUGCUGCCGCCAUCCAGGACAUAGUCCGCUGUCCGCAGGUUCUUAGUCGGAGUCGGUCGAUAAAAGGUAGAGUGGCCAAGAUUAUCCAACUCCGACCACAAGCUGGUCCGAACAAAGCAAAAUCAUGACAAAGUCAGUGGAUUUUUGUUUUGAGACCUGCCCCUUGAGACCCUAUUUCGGAACUUUUGUAAAAUUUAGUAACAUUAUUUAUUUACAAGAAUAUUUCAUCAAAGUGAGGCCUAUUUUCCAACAUUUUCUGAGUUUGUGUUUGUUUUUUCACCAGCUGGUCUUGACAGGAGCAUGACAUUGCUCAGCAGUUUUCACAAAAGACGCAACGCGUUUUGGCUGCGUUGCUAUAAAAUUGCAUACAACGUUGCACCGGUUCGGAACCGGUUUGACAAGAAUUCAGCAGCAAGAAACAAGAAUUCUGGAGUUAUGAAAAUGGACCCUAAGAAUCGAACUAGACUACUAGUUAAAUGAGCAAUUGGGUCCUAAAAUUAUGUUCAGAUUGCUGAUAUUAUUGUUCACACAUUUUUCUGAGUACAAUGACCCUUUGUACGGCCACAAAGAAUUUGAAAUGAGUUUUUAAAGAAAAAAAAAGUGAUCAGAAAUCGUAUUUUUUCCGUUGACAUGGGGCUUUAGGACCCAAUUCUCCCCAAACUUCGGAAAUGGAUUUUACUUGUAUAAAUUUUUUGUGGCUCAAACUUUGUGGAUGUCUUUUAUAUGACCAAAAAAAGCCAUUUUGUGUCUUGGGUUCAUCCAUACAGGGCCCCACACAAUGUUGGAAGCUGUCCAUACAAAAUUAUGAGACAUACUCAGAAAAUUGAAAUACACCGAUGUUGCCGACUUUUAAUCUACUUUUUUAUGCAUUUGUUUUUCCAAAAUCUUUACUUUUGUUUUUUUUUAAUUUUUGGAUUUGUGUAACCGUAAAAAAUGCAACUUUUGAGCAAAAUAAAUGUACGGACAAACAUUUUUGCCGCCGAGUUAUGGUCUAAAAAAAUUUUACUAAACAUUUGAUGUGUCAUCAAUUUAUAAAUUACGUAUCAAAAAGUAUUGUACAGAAAUUUGGAUAAAAUUUGACGUUUCAAAAUAAAGUUCCCUAAACAUUCAUUUUCAAUUUUAAACAUAAGUUUUCUAUUUUUAUAAAUAGUGAUUGGCUUUAUAAAAAAAAAUUAAUUUUUAAAAACUUCAGAAAAUGUCUUCAAAACUGACCUCUUUUUUCACUACCUAGUUGCGAGUUGUUGUCCCUUUAUAACAUUUAAAAAAAUCAAUAUAAUAAAAGAGAGAAAUACUGAUUUUGUGGAAAAAAGUGUACCUACAACUACAGAUACAGAUUUUUGUUUGGACAGCUGCCAAAAUUGUACUUCCAAGCGAAACUUACUCUGAGAUACCACGGAAAAUUUCCCUUAUCCCAUUAAAAAAGUGGAGCAUUAUUUAAAAUGACUACCAAUGAAGACAUUUUUUUUUAGAAAAAGGAUAGUAAAAACAUCUUUCACAAUUGUAAAUGGUUUAAAGGUUACAAAUUUGUUUAAAAUACCAACAAAUCUUAAAAUAGGUUUAAAGAUACUGAUUUUCGUUUUAAACAUUAAAAAAUGAUGAAAAAAGUUUAUUAAAAAAAAUCAUAAAUUUAAUUCUGUUUUGGAAUCAAAUCAAAUCUACUGAAAACUACUUUGUAGAUGAAGGAAAAAGGGUUUUUCCUUUAUUUUUUGUAACAUCCAAUCCACCCGUUGAAAGGCACCAAUUAUCGUCAACUCGAUGUGCAAUAUUUUAUUUGCAAUUUAUUCAGUUUUACACAGUUUUCUUGUGCGAAUCCUUGGAGGUAAUUUUCGUUUGCCCAAGUGCGGAAUCAUACGAAAACGGAACACGAAUUCCAUCUUAAGAGAUUAAAUUAACCUUUUUCCAGACCAACAACAACCGACAACAUCCUAACAUUAUCGAUUGGCGUUUCGUUUCACUCAUGAUACAAAACACCCCUAGAAAGCAAUGAAACAGAACAUCAAAAAUAAGCAAAAAAAAAAAUCAUAAAAAAUCUAUAAAUACGUAGCUAUAGAGAACAACAAGUACCCAGGAAAGCAUUCAAAAAACACUAAGUUAUUAACGUUUUUGUAAACUUGAAAACUACACCAACACACAAACACACGUACACACGAUGUAAAACAAUCCACUAAGUUUAAGUACAAUAUGAGAUGAAUUAUUUAUAUUUAAAUCGCGGCACACUGUAUGUAUAUGAUUUUUUUUCUGUUAGACUUUUAAUGUGUAUUUUAAAGGAUGCCUUUUUGCCCUAGGAAAAAACCAACCAACUACUCACACUAGCUCUUUUUUUAAGUAGGAUUUCAUUCGCAAAAUAGUUGUUAUCGGUUAAAUAAUAAAGCCCUUUGUGUGACGCGAAAAAAAAAA